AUCAAUUGCCAGGAUUUCCACUGAAGCUCUCUCCCUCCACCUUCCAAUGAGCUCUCCAACUCAUUCUCCCAAUCAUUUGUUCUCAAUCUGGGAAUGAGAUCAGAUUCUCAAAGACAACAAGGGGGCUCUUGGAAUUGAUUUGUGACCUCUAGCUAUUUAGAACAAGGGAUAUGGGCUGCCUCGUAUCAACACCGAAGGAUGCAUGUGGAAACAGAAGAUGGCCUACAAAUAUCGGUGAGCUUGCCGUAUUCGUGCCUGGAUUACGUGUCCCUAAAAGUGUUGAUUUCUCUUCGGCAUUAAGUGAUAUCUUGCCAAAACCUUUAGUGGAACGGCUCUCAGCUCUUAGGAUGAGAAUAGUUGCUAUGGUUGCCCAAGAGGCAUCUAAAGCAACAAAACAAAGACGAAAAACCACUACAAAACAUGGAGGCUCUUCUUUUUCUGAACUUCUGCAACUUCUUGAAGAUUACUUAUCGGUUUUGCUUGGAUUGGUUGGAGAAGGAAGUCAAUUGAAAGACAAGGUGCAGUUCUUGUGGGUUAACCAAGAGGAUGAUGCUGAGGAAACAGUUAUGGUGAAUGCUUGGUACGAGGCAUUGUCUGUCUUGCAAUUAAUGGCGAUGGUAUGCUUAUCAGAAGCAAAUACAUUGCUUCUUCCUAAAACCAUUAAUGAUGGUUACCAAACAAAACUAUCUGAAGAAAGCAAACGGACUUCCAUUGAUAUUUUCUUGAAGGCGGCAGGGUAUUUGGAUUGUGCUAUUCAGCAUGUUCUUCCUCAAAUACCUCCCACAGUCAGGAGAGAUCUUCCUGUAGAUCUUGCUGAGGGAGUCCUCCGAGCUCUUUUGAUGCAAGCUUUAGGUCAGUGCGUUGAUAUUCAACUUGGGAUGGCUAUUGAUAGUCCUAAAGCUACAUUAGCUGUUAAGCGGCGGUUAGCAUGUGAAAUGGUCAAGUACUGGGAUGAGGCACAGGAAAACAUCACCCCGCUUUCCUUGGUUUCUAUAAGUGAUGGAUGGGCAGAAAAACAUCGACUCUUUGUUAAAUGGAAGUAUCUUGAAGCGAAAGCAGCCGCAUAUUAUUACCACGGGCUAAUCCUCGAUGAAGGUAACACCAAAAAAUCCCACAGCAUGGCCGUAGCUGCGCUACAAGCAGCCGAUGAAUUUUUAAAGGAAAGCAAAAAAGCCUCUGAAUCUUUCAAUGCAACACUCCCGACAUCGAGGAACCCACCUUUAUCAGGAUCGAUGAAGUAUCUGUCGGAGAAAAUCCCCAAGGAUGCUUUGAGCAAACUUCGUAUCAACCGAGACCUCUACAGCCAAGAAAGGAUCCUCGAGACAGCACCGACAUUGCCGGAUUUCGCACUGGCUCUUAAACCAGAUGAGUAUCAUUUGCCUCAGUUAGAUCCCUUGUGGAGCUCGGAAGACAUAAAUUUAUCGAAAACUUGAAGAUUAUGUGUGUGUAUAUAUAUAUAUGAAGAAGUCGAAAAUUUCAUCGUGUUUGGUGUAUAUAAAGCUCAUUCUUAUGUUUUGCAUAUAGUGCUUGAUUGAAUGUAAGAUAUCUUUGUUAUUUACUUCAUAUGAGCAUAUGUUUGUAAAAAAAAAAAAUAGCAAAAU